AUGGCGGACCUUGGAAUAUAUUCAGGCCGUCUGCAACUGACCAAUGAGCCGCUGUAUUCAGUUAUUAUGGAUUGUAGAUUAGUUAUAGUGGCGCCCUCUGGUUGGAAGUUAUCUAUACAGUUUGAGGAGAUGGACCUAGAGGGCAGUAGCACGUAUUGUCAUGGUGAUUUUAUACAGUUAUUAGACGGCACCUCACAUCACGCUCUUUCAAUUCAUGGUAUGCCUUCAAACGAUCGCCUAUGUGGUAAAGUAAAACCUAAAAAGGAUCUGACGUCACGGAGUAAUGUGGUAACUGUCCGAUUCUACAGCCAUAUGUCUGUGCAAGAUACGGGCUUUACCUUUCUCUUCUCGGCAUUCCAUACAGGUACUUGUGAACGAGGUGAUUUUAAAUGUGAAAAUGGCCGCUGUAUCAGCUCCAUGUUAAAUUGUGAUGAAGACAAUAAUUGCGGGGACGAGUCUGAUAUCUGUGGACUGACCCCAGCAGGCACGGCCGGGCUGGUUUUAUUAUGUAUAGCUAUCUUUCUAUUCCUCAUAUUCUCCGGACUGUGGUGUACUUAUACUGAGCCGGGGAAAGAAGACCCCAAAAAACAGCCUCUAACUAAACCAAAUAAAAGAUCCUCACUCGGGACUAACACAAGUGUUCUUACAACAGAAAGCCGACUAACACACAGUCCGUAUUUAAAACGGACACCGGAUACAAGUGUUACUCGGAGUACUCCAUCUCCUAACGAAAACCUUCGAGCUCCAUUAGUAAAACAUGAUAUCAACGGUUUGUGA